CAGCGUCGGGACAGCCCACCAAAAACUUUUUAAUUCUUUCUUUCUUUUCUUAUCUUAAUUCCAACAACAUUAUACUCCAAACUCAUGGAAACUAUAAUCUCCAUUAACACAUCUCCCCACAUCUCCCUCUCCUUUCCCUUACUCUCCCAAGCUUCAAUAUCCCGAUUCCCAUCACCAUUUCAAUGGAAGACCAAUCUACAGACACGCCGCCACCGCCACCGCCGGCGCCGGCGCCGGCGCUAAAGAGCUACAAACUAACAGCCUCUUCAAUCUCCUACACAAAAUCAAGCACCAUUAAUAUUUCCAGUACUACUAGAGCCAUUGCACCCCUGAUCUUCUUCUUCUUCAAACCUUGCUCCAUACUCCCUCCCACUAAUUACAUCCUCCGUGAUGUCUCCCUCACUGCAUAUCCCUCUCAAAUCUUGGCCAUUGUUGGCCCCAGCGGAGCUGGAAAAUCCACCCUCUUAGACAUUUUGGCUUCCCGAGUUUCACCCACAAAUGGCUCUCUUUUUCUCAACUCUUCUCCCGUCAACCCUUCCUCAUUCCGCAAACUCUCCGCCUAUGUCCCUCAGCACGAUGCAUGCCUUCCCUUACUCACUGUUUCCGAGACUUUCGCCUUUGCUGCUCGCCUAGUGCAUGUCCCAAAAACAUCUGAUAUUUCCGCCAUUGUUUCCUCUCUUCUGACCGAGCUCAGGCUCACGCAUUUAGCAAACACCAGGCUUGCUCAUGGCCUCUCGGGUGGGGAACGUAGACGCGUUUCCAUAGGCCUAAGCCUUCUCCAUGACCCUGCAGUAUUGCUUCUUGACGAGCCAACUUCAGGCCUCGAUAGCUCUUCUGCUUUCAACGUAAUGCAAACACUUAAAUCCAUUGCCACUUCCCGUCACCGCACUGUGGUUUUGUCUAUACACCAACCAAGCUUCAAAAUCCUCUCCACCAUUGACAGAAUCCUUUUGCUUUCAAAAGGGACUGUGGUGCAUCAUGGGACACUUUCUUCACUGCAGUCUUUCUUGGUUUCGAAUGACUUGAAUGUUCCUCCACAGCUCAAUGCAUUAGAAUACGCCAUGGAAGUACUUAACCAACUCAAGGAGCUUAAACCCCUCACACCACCAUCAGUCCCUGAUCCAUCACCCAAUAAUUCCACAGCCUCCCUUGAUGGGGAUGCAAAAAAUGUAAAAUAUAGGAGCUCUCGGGUGCAUGAGAUCCUCAUCCUUUAUAACAGGUUUUGGAAGAUCAUUUACAGAACCAGACAGCUUCUUCUAACCAACACAUUGGAAGCUCUUGUUGUUGGUCUUGUUCUGGGAACAAUUUACAUCAAUAUUGGUUUUGACAAGCAAGGCAUUGAAAAGAGGUUCGGUUUCUUCGCUUUCACUCUCACCUUCCUUCUCUCUUCUACAACUGAAACCCUUCCAAUCUUCAUCAAUGAAAGGCCAAUACUUUUAAGAGAAACUUCAAGCGGUGCUUAUAGAAUCUCUUCUUAUCUCAUGGCAAACACCCUCGUUUUCUUGCCCUACUUGCUCGCCAUCGCAAUCAUAUACUCGGUCUCGGUUUAUUUCUUGGUCGGUCUUUGUUCUUCAUGGCAAGCUUUUGCUUACUUUGUAAUGGUUAUCUGGGUCAUAGUUCUGAUGGCGAAUUCUUUCGUGCUCUUCUUGAGCUCUCUUGCUCCAAACUACAUUGCGGGUACUUCGCUCGUGACGAUACUUUUAGGGGCUUUCUUUCUCUUCUCUGGCUACUUCAUCUCCUCAGAAAGUAUGCCAAAGUACUGGCUUUUCAUGCAUUUCCUCUCAAUGUAUAAGUAUGCGCUUGAUGCCCUACUCAUCAAUGAGUAUUCUUGCCUUGUCUCGAGGUGUUUCAUAUGGUACGAAGAGAACAAAGAGUGCAUGGUGACUGGCGGCGAUGUGUUGCAGACGAGAGGGCUCCACGAGGGGCAUAGAUGGACGAAUAUUUACAUCUUGGUUGGUUUCUUUGUGUUCUAUCGCGUGCUUUGCUUUCUGGUUUUGAUCAGAAGGGUUUCAAGAUCCAAAAAGUGAUACAAAGCUACUCUUUACUUUAUAGUUAUUUUUACUUUUAAUUAUUUUCAUCUGUUUUUCAAGAACUGAUCAAGCACCUCAUGUAAUGUUUCCAUGAUCAUAGGCUUCACUUUUAAUAAAAA